ACCCACCAGCAGACUGGUUGAUGGCCCAACAUGUCAGCUGUGUCCUGAAAACUGCAGGGUGGAGGACAGGCAUUGCCAGCCAGCCAGCAGUGGGUCUGGGGUGCAGCCUGUGGGAGGAGAACAAAGCAGAGGGUGCUCUUUGUCCUUGAGGUCUCUAAGCUAAGAUGCUUGUCUUCCUGUUUUUUCUUCGUCCCCGGAGCCAGGUGAGUGGGCAGGAGACUUGAGGAGCACCAGCUGAGUCUGGAGACCACCUACUUCCAGCCCACACACCUGGUGGUCUUAACAAACCCAGACAACUGGUUUCUUUUGGGUCCUCGGGGAGGGGGCUCUUCCCCUCUGCCCUCCUCCAGGCCCAACCCCACAGCUGUUGAUGUUUGGCCCUUCUGGGCUGGUCACUCCCUGCUCACAUUCCCACUUCUGUCUCCAGAGGAAAAAACUCAAGGACAGUUGGACAAAUCGGUCACAGGCCACACUUUCUAUCACUGGUGGGAAGGAGAUAGGCAGCGGCAGGGCCAGAACAGAAGGGGCUUUGAGGAGGCCCAGGCUUGCAGUGGAGCUCAGGCACUGGCCCCCAAGGUCACCUCCUGGGAGGCGAUAGGGGUUGUCCUCCAGCACAAACACCCUGGGCUCUCCUAUAUAAGCAGGGUGGCCCAGCCCCUUACAAUUCCCAGGAUGUUGGCUGCACCUCUCUCCCUGUUGGUCUUGCUGCUAUGGGCAAUGGGGACUGUGCUGGGGGCCGGGACCCCUGGAGAAGAGGCCUUGCCUGGGGAACCCACUAUAGGCACCGGGGGUCUCAUCUUCCACCAAGACUGGGACUGGCCAGCCCCCCGGGUCUGGUCUCCAAGCAACCAGCAAGACUCCCUGUGCCUGGUGACUCUGGGUGGAGGCAGAAACAGCAGCAGCUCCCCCUUACAGGUGGUGGGAGUCCUGAGGGGCUAUGAGCAGGCCUUCUUGGAGGCUGUGCAUCAGGCCCACUGGGGGCCUCGUGACCUGGCUAUCUUUGGCGUCUGCACCCCAGGCCACAAGCAUGCUGCCCUGCCCCCUCUGAGGUGGCUUCGAGCAUGGCUGGGAGAGCCUCAGGGGCAGCGGCUGGUGGUCCUGCACCUGGAGGAAGUGACGUGGGAACCAACACCCUCGCUGAGGUUCCAGGAGCCUCCACCUGGAGAAAUGAGCCCCCCUGAGCUGGCGCUGCUGGUGCUGUACCCAGGGCCUGGCCCAGAGGUCACUGUAACUGGGGCCGGGCUGCUGGGCGCCCAGAAUCUCUGCCUAUCCCGGAACACCGGCUACCUGGUGCUGGCGGUGGACCAUCCCGCGGGGGCCUGGCACGGCCGGGGUCUCGCCCUAACCCUUCGGCACCGCGGAGAUGGUGCCGCCCUGAGCACCACCCAGCUGCAGGCAUUGCUGUUCGGAGCUGACCCCCGCUGCUUCACGCGGAUGACCCCAGCCCUGCUCCUGUUGCCACGGCCAGGGUCCACGCCCAUGCCCAUGCCCGCGCACGGUCGGCUGGAUACAGUGCCUUUCCCAUCACCCAGUCCGACCCCGGAACCCGAGGAGCUGCUGCCCAGCACCGACCCCUUCCUGGAGACGCUCACGCGCCUGGUGCGCGCGCUGCGGGGGCCCCAAGCCCGGGCUUCGCCACCCCGCCUGGCCCUGGACCCUGCAGCCCUAGCCGGAUUCCCGCAGGGCCUGGUCAACCUGUCUGACCCUGCGGCGUUGGAGCGCCUGCUAGACGGCGAGGAGCCCCUGCUGCUCCUUCUGCCGCCUGCCGCUACCACAGCCGGGGACUCCACGCCGCUGCAGGGCUCAGGGUCCUCGCCGUGGGCGGCGGACCUAGUGCGCCGCGUGGCCGUAGAGCUGCAGGCAGCUGCGGCUGAGCUGCGCGGCCUCCGCAGCGCGGGGGCCGGGACCGCUGACGCGCCGUGCGCACUGCGCGAGCUGAGCGUGGACCUGCGUGCCGAACGCUCGGUUCUCAUCCCGGAGACGUACCAGGCCAACAACUGCCAGGGCUCGUGCGGCUGGCCGCAGUCCGACCGCAACCCGCACUACGGUAACCACGUGGUGCUGCUGCUCAAGAUGCAGGCCCGCGGGGCGGCUCUGGCGCGCCCACCCUGCUGCGUGCCCACGGCCUACGUGGGCAAGCUGCUCAUCACCCUGUCGGAGGAGCGCAUUAGCGCGCACCACGUGCCCAACAUGGUGGCCACCGAGUGUGGCUGCCGGUAACCCCGCGCCCCGCCCCC